CUAUAAAAUAAACACAUCCAAACAUAGUGUUUUUAAGGCAUAUAUUGAAUAUAUAGAGUGAUAUAUAAUUAUAUAUGAUAAUGAAGCAAUUUGAUCACCUUAUGCUUUUCUUUCUCCUUCAUACUUCUUGUUCAACAUUAUUAACCUUAGCCCAAGCUCCGGCAGCAGCUCCGGUGGUAGCUCCAAAGGCAACACCAGUACUAGCACCGGCAUCAUCCCCGGCACCACCCGGUCCAACCAACGUCACAAAAAUCCUCGAAAAAGCCGGCCAAUUCUCUACUUUUAUCCGGUUAAUGAAAGCCACGCAAGUCGCGAACCAGUUACUCGGCCAACUCAACAACACCAACAAUGGGAUCACUAUUUUCGCACCGAGCGACAGUGCUUUUUCGAGCUUAAAAUCCGGCACGUUGAACUCACUUUCCGACGAACAAAAGGUAGAGUUAAUCCAAUUCCAUAUAAUCCCAACUUAUCUCUCUUCAGCCCAGUUUCAAACCAUUAGUAACCCUUUAAGAACCCAAGCCGGUGAUAGCGGCGACGGGAAGUUCCCUCUCAACGUUACCUCGUCGGGAGACACCGUGAACAUUACGUCGGGGUUGACUAAUACUAGUGUUUCCGGUACAGUUUAUACCGACGGUCAACUUGCUGUUUAUCAAAUAGAUAGAGUUCUUCAGCCUUUACAGAUAUUCGAUCCUAGACCUCCGGCCCCAGCGCCUGCUCCGGCGAAAUCGAAGAAGAAGAAAGAUGAUGAUGUGGCUGACAGUCCUGCUGAUGAUUCUACUGAUAAUUCUAAAGCUGUGAGGUUCACUAUAGGAAACAAUGUUGGUUUAUUUGGGGUUACUGCCAUAGUUAUUGCAUUAAUUUCUUUGUGAUUAUAGUAAAAUAAAAAUUAAAAAAAAUUAAAUAUGGGAUUUUGAGGGGAAAAAUAUGGUGAGAUUGAGUGCAUGUUUUUUUUUUUGUUAUUUUGUGUUUUUAAAAACAUGUUAUUAUCCUUUAAAUUUCUGUUUUAUACCAUAUUUUUAUCAUUUAAAUAGUACUGUCACCAGAGUUAAUUGUUAUGAUUAUUGAAUUUUGAGGUUGUUGAGUGUUU